AUCGCCUGGGUCCUGGAUCCGGACGCGUGCUACCAAGUGGUGCACAACAAGCAGGAGAGCUGGGCCGAGCGUCAAAAGAAAAUGGGCAAGGUGGAGAAGGCACGAUUUAACUUAUGCAAAUGAAUUUUUAUCUUUUGUGGUAAGUUUCAUCCGCUUCUGCAUGAACAUGGAUGAUGGAUUGAGUUUUUGAGAAAGCAUCUAUCGUGCACGCUAUUUUCCGAGAAGUGUUUUGUAUUUUGCUCUAAUGUUCGCGCUGAAAGUCCUCGCGAAUUUUUUCCUGGCUCAGUUAGAAAUGUACGCUGAGAUGACUCUGGAUCGACAAGUGAACGCCAUUGGCGCAAUUGAGAAGGAGUAUUUUUACGAGCUAGUCGUCUGCGGCGUUUGGCAUCCGACGCUCCCGGAACAGGUGCGUUCACGCUUCGCGGCGCUGACGGACAACCUGUGGAUCGACCGGCAUCCACACUACGAGAUGGAGGUCCCGAACUACGUGAGACGGUACUACGGCAACAACACGCAGGACAUGCUUUUCAACGUGCCGCGCUUCGAACUCCUCGUGCCGCCAACCGGCGCA